GGAACGAACUAAACUUGGAAUGGAGAUUAACGUCAAAUUCAAGUGUGAUAACUGAUGGGUCAGGAAACUACUCUACAGACACUCAGUGCACAUGGCUGAUAGACUCUGGCCAAGUCAAUGCCUCCAUCCGCCUCCACAUGGAUCACUUUGCCACAGAGUGCUCGUGGGAUCACUUGUAUGUCUUUGAUGGUGACAGCAUCUAUGAUCCUCUCCUGGCUGUGUUCAGUGGCAUGGUGGUGCAGGACAACUACCAUGUUCCUCACAUCCCUGAGGUGGUGGCAAGGUCAGGCUCUGCAUUACUCUAUUUCUACUCUGAUGCUGCAUAUAACCUCACAGGAUUCAAAAUAUCUUACAGAAUCAAUGGGUGUCCGAGAACUGUUGGAGGGGAAGAAUGUUCUGGACAUGGUGUUUGUCUGGAUGGUAUUUGCACCUGCAAUGCUGGGUGGGGUGGCCCUGCCUGCUCUGUGCGUAUGUGUCCUGAGGGCUGCUCAGGAAAUGGCCAGUGUAAUCCUGAGGAACAUCGAUGCCAGUGUCAUUCUGGUUAUACUGGUGCAGACUGCAGUCAGGUAGUAGAGGCUGGGUGGUGGGAGGUGGUGGGUCAUGACAUCACCAGCCAAUUGACCCAUUCCAAUCCUGCAUCAACUUUACUAGAGAGAUCCUCUCACACCACUGUUCUCAUUGAUGACAUGGUGUGGCUCAUAGGGGGUUACUCUUUUACUGACCGACCCUUCAUUCUCAAGUAUGACAUAUAUGGUGACAAGUGGAUUGCUGUUAACAGUACAAGCAUUAAGAAGCCAAUGUACAGAUAUGGACACACCACUGUUGUGUAUAAUGGUUCAAUAUACAUGUAUGGGGGCAUGAAGGCAGAUGGAAAUAUAACUCAUGAGCUGUGGCGUCUGGAUACUCAAACUCUGAAAUGGAGAGAAGAGGAGGAAGAGGAGCAAGAAAAUGAAAAAAGGAAAGCAAACAAGGAAAAUGAUGAAGGGGAAGAGGAGGGGCACCAGAGAAAAAAUAGUAGUGGUGGCUGCUCACAUGCUCGUGGACCAUGUGCUCCUAUCCAAUGCGUGGGUCAUGCAUCAGUCGUUGUGCAGAAGGGCACAGAAAACAUCAUGUUGGUCAUUUUUGGUCACUCUUCUGUUUAUGGUUACUUGAAUACUGUCCAGGAAUAUAACUUAGAUGAAGGUACUUGGAGCACUGUAGAAACUCAUGGGGCAAUAGUGAAAGGGGUGUAUGGCCACACAGUUGUUUGGGACCCUACAACUGCUCUGGUUUAUGUUCAUGGAGGGUUGCUCUCCCAUGACUCCACCAGCCAGGUCAUUGCCACCCUCAUGACCUAUGACCCAAUCAUGCAGAAAUGGAAGCUGAUGAGUCCAGCCCCAGUGCCUCGGUUCUUGCACUCUGCCGUCCUUGUUGAGGGUUUGAUGUUGGUAUUUGGAGGAAACACGCAUAAUGACAUAGCCUACUCAUACGGUGCCAAAUGUUACAGUGCAGACUUCUUAGCCUAUGACAUAAUUUGCAAUUCAUGGCACACUCUUCACCAACCACCCAAUCUUUACUUAGAUGUGGCACGCUAUGGUCACACAGCAAGUCUCCAUGAAAGCAAAAUGUAUAUAAUUGGAGGCUUCAAUGGAAAAAUGCUGGGGUCUGUUUUGCGCUACCAUCCUGGAGAGUGCAAGCAAUUCACAUCCAGCGAGGAGUGCCUGAAUGCUUUCCCUGGACGCAAAUGUGUCUGGAUCAGAAUUUUGAAGCUUUGUGAACCAAACAAAAAUAAUGACAAGAAUGCAUAUGAUGUUUGUUCAAAUGUAACACCAGCUGUGAAUUUUACGGAGCUCUGCAGCAAACAGCAGUCAUGUUUGUCGUGUAUGUCCAAUACCUAUGGCUGCAAAUGGUGUGGUAGUGCUUGCACCCACAAUAAAUGUGUGGAAUACAAGGGAGUGGGCAGUGUGGAUGGUUGUGAAGAGGACAGUCUCAGAUCCCACUGUAAGUCUCUUAAGACCUGUAAGCUGUGCCGUGCCCACCAGCACUGUGAUUGGCAAAAACAAAUGUGUGUGGUGGCCCGCAAUAGGACAACCUCAUCAGAGCACCUGGAAAUAUCUGGAGAAAACAUUCUAAGUACUCCUCCCAUUGACCAGCAAGACCACCAUUCUUCAAUAAAUAGUGGUACACGAAAUGCUCUCCACCCACACAAGCCCUGUGAGGCCACCUGUGCUGACAGACUUACAUGCUCCAAGUGCACUGAGAGCACAUGUGUGUGGUGUUUCAACCAGCAGCGCUGUGUCAACAACAACUCCUACUUGGUCAGUUUUCCUUACGGCCAGUGUAGGGAAUGGACCACAGAAACCAAGAAGUGCAUGGAUCUCAAGCAAGGAGAUCGCCGCUGUGCUCUCCACAAAACCUGCAAGAAGUGUCAGGCAGAUGUGGCUUGUGGUUGGUGUGAUGAUGGCAGUAGCACAGGCAUUGGAAGAUGCAUGGAAGGAGGUCAGCGUGGGCCUAUUAACCCAAUCACUGGAGUACUCAACUGGAUCUCAGAUAACUGUUCUGCAUCCAACUGGUUCUUUACUGAAUGUCCCUUAUGUAACUGCAAUGGCCACAGUACCUGUGACAACAAGAGUCAGUGUAUGCAGCCAUGUGGUAAUAACACUGAAGGCUCUCAUUGUCAGCACUGUACACACAAAUUCUAUGGCUCACCCAUCAAUGGAGGCCUGUGCAGGCCCUGCAUGUGUAAUGAGCAUGGCGAGACAUGCAACAGGGAAACUGGUCGCUGCAACUGCCACACAAAAGGAGUGACGGGGGACCAUUGUGACCGUUGUGAUAACCAGAACAAUUAUGUAGGAGAGCCUCUUCAUGGUUCUUGCUUCUAUGAUCUUCAAAUUGAUUACCAGUUCACCUUCAACUUGUCCAAACAAGAAGAUCGACACAUCCGUCAAAUUAAUUUCUUCAAUAUUCCUACCAAGAGUGAUGUAGACACAGUCUUUGACAUUUAUUGUUCUAAAGCUACAAACAUCAAAAUAUCAUCAAAGACAACUCGGAGCCAUGAGUCAUGGAUAAUUAGUAAUUACACUGGGACUCGCAUUAAGCAGCGGUUUAGUGCUUCUGAGUACACUUUUGGCUUUGCAGAAAACAAUACCAUUUUCUUUGUUUACGUGUACAACUUCACGUCGCCCAUAGAGAUUGUGGUCUCCUUCUCUCAGCAUCCUAAACUGGAUCUAUUUCAAUUUUUUUCCAUAUUCUCAUUGUAAGUGUUAAUUUUUCUGAAUCAGUUAGAUAUUAAAUGUUAUGUUUAAAGCUAUUCUAUAUGCAGUGGACGAUGUGUCAGGGCUUCAAUAUGUGGAUAUUGUUUGAGUGAAAAUAUGAUUGAAUUUUAUGAUGUCUCAAUCAUAUUGUUUAACUGUUAGUAUCUAUAGUCUCCAUUUUGCUUGCCAAAAAACAGGAAUGUGAUUAUGAUUACCAUUCAGCAACUUUUGCAUUAAGCUUUAAUGACUUUGAACUUAUUGUUACAGAUGUUACAAUUACAUUAUUAAAAUGAAAUAGUUGAGUUUUUGUUUUAUUUUAUUUUUUUGUUUUAUUUUUUAUUUAUUUUUUAUUAAUUAAUUAAUAAAAAUUUUUUUAUAAGAUUAUGUCAAGGAUAUCACACAGCUACAUUAAAAUUGUAUCUACCA